GUGAGUAUGCGGCAGCUGCUCUCUCUCGCCACGUUGAACGAAGGAAAAACUACUUAUUAGAGAAGAACAGGGAGAGUCGAGUCUGUCCAACUUAUUUGACGGAUGUGUGUUGUGGUGUGUUUAAUUAAUUCUUAGCUCGGGUGAUUUUCCACGUCGCUUGCCAGCAGGCGUCUUCUCUGCCAUCCCCCAUCCCGGCCGCGAGUUAAGUGCAUGCCUGUCCAGGUUUUCGGAUAAAUAAAAUCCCAAGUUGCAAAAUGAAGGUGAAGGAAUUGCAUAAAACUGUAAAUGUGGCGUGGUCACCACCAGUCCAGCAGCCCACCAACUUACCAAUUUUGCUGGCUGCAGGAACAGCUGCUCAGCAGUUGGAUGCCAGUUUUAGUACCAAUGCUAGUUUAGAUUUGUAUUCUCUCAACCUGGAGCAGCCAGGCUAUGAGAUGCAACUUAAGACCAGUGUGCCAAGUGAUCUAAGAUUUCACAAAAUAAUCUGGGGAGCUUGCGGAACGAAUCCAGCUGGCAUCAUUGUGGGUGGCUGUGAUUAUGGAAAAAUUAAGAUUUACUCUGCUGACAAGAUGCUGGAGAACGAUAACAACUGUUUGAUUAGCAGCCCGGACAAACAUAAAGGUCCUGUGAGAGCACUGGACUUUAAUCCAUUCCAGUCUCAUUUGUUAGCUACUGGUGCGACAGAUAGUGAAAUUUAUAUUUGGGAUCUCAAUAAUACAAAUAAGCCUAUGUCUCCUGGUUCCAAAAAUUUGCCAGCCGAGGAUGUACAGGAUAUAGCAUGGAAUAAACAAGUGCAACACAUUCUUGCUUCAACAUUUUCGCAGCGCUGUGUCAUCUGGGAUUUAAAAAAAAAUGAAGCUAUAAUAAAACUAACCGAUGCCAAUUCAAGAGUUAGAUGGAAAUCAGUACAGUGGCAUCCUGAUAUAGCCACACAGCUAUGUCUUGCUUCAGAAGAGGAUCAAACUCCAAUUAUUGAACUGUGGGACUUGAGAUUUGCAACCUCACCACUAAGAACCUUCCAAAACCAUCAAAGGGGUGUACUGUCCAUUGCCUGGAAUCCUCAUGAUUCUGACCUUCUUUUGAGUUGUGCAAAAGACAAUAGAAUUCUCUGUUGGAAUCCUAAUUCCGAUAUUCCAGGUGGUGAUAUUGUUUGCGAAUUGGCUCAAACAAAUCAGUGGAACUUUAAUGUGUCUUGGUGUCCUAGAUCACCUGGCUUGGUUGUGGGUACUAGUUUUGAUGGCCAGGCAAUAGUAUAUUCUCUGUUAGGUGGAGCUAACCAUGGAUCUGCUGAAACAUCAAACAAAAUUGUUGAUUCUUUUCCUGGCAUGGACCCAUUCUCGCAAGUUCCACCGACGAUACAAACAGAAGCCGCAGCUAUACUUACGAAAGCACCAAAGUGGUUAAAAAAGCGCUCUGGGGCUUCUUUUGGUUUUGGUGGAAAAUUAACAAUUUUUGAAAACGAACCGACAGACCCGAAUGUGCCUGCAAACAGAAAAGUAUACUUAUCACAAGUUACUACGAAUCCUGAACUUGUUCAUCGCUCAAACGAUUUAGAAUCUGUUUUGAAAAAUGGCCAGUACAACGAAUUUUGCAACCAAAAAGUUGAAAGUGCUUUGGAUGAGCACAAGAGAAAAGUUUGGAGUUGUAUUGGGGCUUAUUUCACUGACAACGUGACAAAAAAUUUGUUGGAACUUUUAGGUUUCAAUAUUGAAGAAAUGAAUAAUAAGUUAAAUAAAUAUAUACCUCAAUCGGAAAUUGAUCAUGUUUCAGAAGGGGUUUCGAACUUAAAUAAUGGAAUUAAUGGUAAUUCUUUUGAUGGAAGUGCUGCAUUUGAUGCCAUCGCUGAACAAGAGCAAAUUAAAAGAUCGAUUACGCCUAGUAAAGCUGUUAAAAAGCCGAUAGAAACUAAUUUUAAAAUUAACACGUCAGAUGAUGAGGACGGUCUGAUUACACAAGCCAUACUUAUGGGUAACAUCGAAGCGGCUGUAAAUUUAUGUUUCGAAAAUAAAAAAUACGCCGAAUCCAUAAUUUUGGCUAUGGCAGGAGGACCCGAAUUAUUAGCUCAAACGCAAUACAAGUUUUUCAAGGAACGAAGUGGAACCUUAAAUUAUCUUAUUAGUUCUUUAGUAAGCGAAAACUGGGUAGAUAUCGUAAAAAAUUGUGACAUUAACAGUUGGAAAGAAGCUUUAAUUGGAGUUUUCACUCAUACAAACCUUGAAGAACGCAAUGCGUUGUGUGAUACUCUGGGAGAUCGACUGGCAGCAAGUGGAAAUCCAGCUUUGCAAAAAGAUGCACAAAUCUGUUACGUUUGCUCGGGCAAUCUCAACAAAAUAAUUGAAUCAUCGAAUAGCGAUAUCCAAGAGACUGUUGAACUUGUCAUGAUCAUGCAAAAAGCCUUGGAUUUCCAUUCUCCUCACAAAGUUAAUAUCGAGGGUAAUAUUGCAUCAGUGCUGACUCGUUAUGCAGAAAUGCUUGCUGCUGAGGGCGAUUUUGAAGCCGCUCUUGGUUAUCUUGGUGAAAGUCAAGAACCAAGAAUUGCCUUAUUGCGAGACAGAUUGUACAAAGCACUUGGCCUUGUAUCUAUUCAACCCCAGCAAAGUACAGCAGCUCAACAAACUUACAGAAAUCAGAACAUGUACACGCAUAAUGUCCAGAGGAAAUCAAUACCAGGCGGUCCUAUUUCGACGUUUGCUCCAGUGCAGCCAAUCCCUGUGGCUCCUGCUCCCCAAGUUCCAGCCUGGAACACCGCACCAACUAAACAGUUUGGCGGUGCACUAAAUCAUCCGCAGCAGCCACUAUAUGGUGGAGUAGUGACAAACCAGCCAUUUAGAAGUCCUGGUCUACCAGCCUCAAGUCCGCACGUACCAACGAUACCUGCACCACCACCGCAAAACCAACCACUACCAGAACCUUAUGCUCCACAAACUUACGGACAGACGCCUAUGACUCCAUCAGUACCACCACCACCACCGGCAUCCGCUCAGACCUCUAGUUUGAGUGGUUCCAGACCUCCAAGUGUCGGACCACUUUCAAAGUCUAAAUAUAUCAUCGAUCCGUCGGUAAAAUCUGGUCCGACCUACGGUUCGAGCUACUCGACGUCUUCUCAAUCCAUGUAUGGUGGACUACAGCAGCCACAAGCCUUCCCCUCGCCUGUCGGUUUUCCGAAUCAAUCGCCUUAUCAAUCACACCAACCACAGCCAAUUGGUGGUUUUGGAGGCUUUGCAAACAACCCAGCUCAGAACACGAUUUACAAUCCUGCUGAACCAGAGCUUCAACAAAGACCAUCUCAGCCCAGUUUGCCGACUCCUACUCUCAUGAAGCCUCAAAUGACUUACGAUCCAAGUCUGGCUCAACCAAAUAAUGCAACUUCGGCGCCGCCGCUAUCGUCUCAGCAGCCGGAAUACGAGAAUCCUUACCAAUCUGGAUCUCAGAGCUCGGGCUGGAAUGAUCCACCCAUUUCUCACAAGGCCAACAAGCCCCUGCCAAAGACGGAGUUCCAGGCCCCAAACCCAAUUGUACAUCCAUUGGGUGUAGCUGCCCCAGAACCGACUGUAUAUCCACAAAAUCCCGGCUAUCCUGGACACCCUGUACACCCAGGACAACAGCCAAUGCAAAGCUACUCAGACCCUCAGGCUACAUACAAUCAAUACAAUCAGAACAUUCCUGCACCGGGAGUUCCGCAACAAUUUAAUAGACCUGUUGAGCCUGUAGCUCCAGCUCAACCAGUACAAAUGGCAAGGAUUGCAGAGCCAGAAAAACCGAAGGCACCUAUUCCAGAGGAGCACAUGGUAUUGCAAACUGUAUUCAAUGAGCUCAAAGAUAGAUGUUUUGAGAACGCGAAAAACCCGCAAGUGAAAAGAAAAAUAACUGACGUUUCCAAAAAAUUAGAAGUCUUGUAUGACUGUCUAAGAGAACAAAGGAUUACGCCAAACACAUUACAAGGCUUACAUCAAAUCUCCAACUCGAUUCAGACUGGAAACUAUUCAGAAGGCUUGGCUUUGCACACGCAACUAGUGUCGGGGCCUGAUUUCAGUCACAUUGCAUCUUUCAUGCCAGGAAUUAAAGUAUUGCUACAAAGUGCUUUGCAGUUGGGCGUUUAUAUAAGAUAAGCUUGUUAAAGGUUCAGCCUUCACCUCAAGGCUUUGUUUCUGCAAUUCAGAAUUAUGGAAUUUGCAUUCUCAUGGAACAAACAAUUUUUUCAAGCUUUCCAGUUUUAUUAUUUCUUUUAACUUUUAUUGCGAGGGUCAUUGAAAAGUUACUCGAUAAAUAAUGCUUUAAAAUCAUGUUUACAUAUCCAUGGUAAAUUAAUGAUUUUGUAAAUAGCAAGUACUACAUCGAUACAAUGGGCAAUUAAGUUGAAAAAAUUCAAUAUGGUCUUUAUCUUUUGUUUUUACAUGUAAUGUAUGCUAGUGUUGUGGGAGUCUAACUUUUUAUUACGUUCAGAUUACGAUCUUUUAUAAACAAAUUUAAUUAUAUUUUAAAAGUCUUUGUAAUACGCAUAAUAACGAACUGAAUGAUAAACGUAUCAAAAUAUCCAUAUUAUUUUGUAUACUAGUUCUAGAUAAUAAUAAACGAGUGGCGAGCAAUUGCGUUCAAUCAAAAGCUUAAAACUAACAAAUGCGGAUGAGCAAACAUUUUUCCGCCAUCGCAAAUCGCACUAUAUACAUUAUUUUAGUAAUAUUGUUAUGCAUUCAUAUGUCUUAUAUAUUUAUAUAUAUAUAUCAUAAUUU